AUGUCGUUGAAGGCCCGAGAGCAGAAGCGACUUAAUAAGGAACUUGAUGAUAUCCGUUCUCAAUCGGAAGAGAGUUCGAUAAACGCUGAUAUAGUUGGAGAUGAUCUCACACACUGGAAGGGUCAUUUGGAUGGCCCCCCUGCUACGCCCUACGAGGGAGGUCACUUUGUGAUCGAUAUUACUAUUCCUGCUGAUUACCCAUAUACACCACCAAAGAUGAAGUUUGAUACUAAGAUAUGGCAUCCUAAUAUUAGCUCUCAGACAGGUGCUAUUUGUCUCGAUGUUCUUGGAAAGGAGUGGUCGCCAGCGCUUACUAUUCGUACGGCUCUACUGAGCAUUCAGGUCCCCGGUUCGAUCCCCGGGUACAAGUCUGAUAGGGAAUUAUUCAACCAAACUGCGAAGUACUGGACUGCCACCUUCGCGUGCAUUGAGGCCCAAGCGCCCCAUGAAGAGAAAAUCAAGAAUAUGUGCGAUAUGGGUUUCCCGCGCGAGAUGGUAGUCAAAGCUCUAGAGUCCAAUAAUUGGGACGAAACUGUUGCUUUGAAUAGCUUACUCGAGGGGUGA